CGUUCCAUAUAAAUAUUCCAGCAUAAUGACUCUAGCAAAUUCAAGAAAAUGUCAAGUAUUCUUACGUACAUUUGGUUGAUAAGUAUAUUUAUUGUUAUAGAUAGAGUGAUAAUAAGUAGUGCGAAUUAUGAAAAUGAAUUGAGAACAUUUGAGUUUGGUGAAUUGUGUGAUGAAACAAUAACAGAGCCACAAUUUAUAAUUGAAUCUUUUAAAUACCCAAAGGCAUAUCCUCCGAAUUUGGAUUGUCAGUUGAUCUUCAAAGGAAAUAAUUGUUCAGCACACUACAAAUUUCAGUUCAUUGAUUUCAACAUCGAACAAUCAAGUGGUUGUGUGAAAGAUAGAUUGGAGGUUGGCCUCUUAGAUGCUUUAUGUGGAAGAAAGGAUGGCAUAAAAUCCUAUUUAUCUCAUGAUGGGAUCUUAACCUUACGAUUCAAAACAGAUAGCAACAUUUCUGAAAAUGGAUUUAAAAUAUUAGUGACAAGAAUUGAAGAAUGUACCAAAGAUGAUUUUGAUUCUCAAAGAAAAACGAUUCUCAAAGGAAAUGCUGUUGGAAAUCGUGUGAAUUCAAAUCUGAGAGAAUGUUGCCCGGGAAAUUCACAAAUAUCCAACAGAUUCAUCUUGAAGUCUCCUAAUUUCCCUGUGAGUUUGAGUUCAUUUAAUGAUUGCGUUCUUCAAAUUCACAAAUCGAGUCCAGAUGUCUGUAGAUUGAGAAUUAUUUUCCAAUUCUUCUGGUUUGGGAACUCUUUGGACUGCAGUGAAGGAUUUCUUCAGAUAGAUGGAAAAAUUAUAUGUGGAUGCAAAAAGGAUUUAAAACUUAUUUCAACUUUCGAUGAAAACGUCAAAGUUUUGAGGUUUAGAAGUGCAGGGAUAAUAAAAAACUCCUACAGCGGUUUUAGAGCUGAAGUUUUCCAAGAUAAUUGUCCUAAAAAAUUAAAGACAGACCUAAUUGCUAUUAACAAUUCCAACAUAUCCGAACAACUAGAAGAGAAGAGAGAUCCAAAAUUAUUUGGAUCAUUUACUAGCAAAAGAGACGAAGGUUCAAUAUAUCGUAAUACGAGGGAUAAUAUUGUUGGACACGAAAGAGAGCAAAGGGAUUUUUUGACAACCGAAGAAAUCGAUGGUGUUUUAAGAAACAAUGUUGAUAAUUUUCAAGAAUGCUUAAAAUGGAAUCAAGCCCAAUUUGAAAACAUUUUUCAUGAUAGCAAAAUAAAAUUAGAUCAAUGUGAAAAUGUUCAGAGGAACACCAAUGAUGAAAAGAAAUGUUUGGGAUUCUCUGAUAUUAGAGGAUUUUUAUUCAGUCCAGGAUAUCCGUUCUUUUAUCCUGGACAAUUGAGGAUGUGUUACAGGUUCAAUAGAUUACCAAAAUCAUGCGGAGUACGAGUACACUUUUUUGAUUUCAGGAUUGAUCAUAGUGAAUUUUGUUCUAAAGAUAGAUUGGAAAUAGAAGGUAGAUCUUAUUGUGGGGUAGCUUUAUGGAGUAAAUCAGUCGUUCUGGAUCUUCGGAACAAGAAUUUUGUAGAUUUCAACUUCAUAACAUCUACCCCAAAAUGUGCCUUAGGUUUCAAAGCUUAUUAUGAAUAUCUGCCAUGUGAAGAAGUAGUAACCGAAAAUCCCUUUCCACGUCCAAUAACAAAAAUAUUUCCGGUGCCUCCAUCUACAACCUUCAGACCAAACCAAAAGUGUGGGGGGGUUGUUAGAGAAGAAAUGUUCACUCUGACAGAAGAGAGAGGAAGCCGAGAAUGUGUUUUCAUAAUCGAAAAAUUUAUUGAGUAUGUUUGCCAGAUAGUGUUGAAGUUUGAAAAAUUCCCAAUAGAUUGUUCAGAGGAGGUUAUUAAAAUUAAUGGAAAAUCAUACUGUGGUAACCCAGUUGAAACAGUUAUCAUUGGUGGUGAAGAUUUUCCAGUAGAGGUAGUUUACUUAAAAUUUGGACCUGAUGGAAAUGGAUUCAAAAUAAAAGGUGUUCAAGAUGCAACGAAUUGUCGAUUGCCUCCUGCUCAAUUGACUAAAUGAAUUCCAGAGAAGCUAUUCAUUUCGGUUAAUAAGAGUUUUAUGAAUACUACUCCAUAUUUUCAAUUUUCAAAAAAAAGCAAUCAUCCUUGAAAUCAAUUGAUAGGUACAUUGAAUUAAUUCUGUUCUGCAAAAUAAUCUAUUGAUGAAAAGGGCUCAAAAUUAUUUCAUUCUAUGGAAUCAUGGAUAAUGCAGUAUUAUUCAAGAUAUUAUGUUUUAUUGAAGGUAAAUAAUAAAUAUGAGAGGUAGGAAUAGUCAACCAAUUAAAAUACCUAUUCAAUAUUCAUUUAUUUCUACUCUUUGGCUUGUUUAUGUUUUAUUCGAUUGUAAAAUAAACAUCUUCUAUUCUAAUUUAUUCUAUACUAUCUAUUCUAUACAACGUAAUUUAUAUGAUUUUCCCAGUAAGUUAUGAACAUCAACAAUCAACAACAUAAUAUCUUACGCUAUAAUAAUAUCAAUUCUACAAAAGUUAUUCUAUUCUGUAAGAUAUGUAGUACAUACUCAUUAAAAUCAUUUAAAGUUACACAUUGAUACAAUCAUUUCGUUUAUCAUUUUUAAAUAAGAGAAAUUGAACUCAGAUGUGUAAACCAACUUCAAUCAAAAUAUUUCAUAAAUUUUUGAAAUUUGAUAUGUUAAAAAUGGAGAUACAAAAAUUCCCUCAUGUUUUCUUAGAAUAUCUUAUGUUGGAAAUUCUCAAUGUUAUACAUUGAUAUGAUAAUUUCGUUGAUGAUUUGUAGGGGAGAGGAAUAAAUUAGUGCUUCACAAACUCAGUGUAAACUCU